AUGAACAAGUCGGAGAAAGAAUUUUCUUUAAAGCUAUUUAAAAUAAAAAAUGGGAACAUCAACUUACUAAAAAAUAGAAUAACUCAUAUAAGUAUAAAUAAUAAAUGUAUUCAUUUGGUGUUGUGUAAUAAUACAUUAAUAAAAUAUAAUGUGGAAGAAAAUGAGUUAUGUUAUAUAGAUUUUUAUAACAAGAAAACAACAAAUAAUAAAGGAGAAAUACGAUCGAUAUAUUUUGAUAGAAAUUGUUAUCAUGGAUUUAUUUGUUUGGCAAAUAAGGAAUAUAUAUAUAUUCAUUUCGAAAACAAUAUUAUAAAAAAUAUAAUACAAUUAAAAAAAUAUAAUAUUACAAGUGUUAUAUUUAAUGAUUAUACAGAAAUAAAAAAUACAUUCCCUUUUCUUAUCUCCACAACACAAGGAGAAAUAAUUGAAAUUAAUAUUAAUAAUAAAUCUUCAAAAAAUAUUGAUUAUGAUGUAAUAUUUUCGGAUGAAAAGUUAUCAAUCCUCGACGUUAAUAUGAUAAAUAUAAUAAAAUGUAAGACAUCACUAAAUAGUCAUAAACAAAAUGGUCAUAGGUAUGAUGAUAAUAAUAAUGAUGAUAAUAAUGAUGAUAAUAAUAAUGAUGAUGAUAAUAAUGAUGAUAAUAAUAAUGAUGAUGAUAAUAAUAACAAUCAUAAUAAUCAUCUUAAUAAUAAACAUGUGAAGGAUUACCAAGAAAUGAUAAAAAUUAUUUAUUUUACUACAAGCAAUAGCCUACAUGAAAUUAGUUAUACUUUUAAGAAUUAUAAAAACAAAACUGACGAUAAAAAUGAUAAUACCUUCACUUAUGUGAAAUUAAAAACCACCUCCCUUCCAUAUAAUAUUAAAAAGCAAACAAAAGUUUAUGAAACACCUCUAGAUUCUUUAUGUUCAAUUAUUAAAAUCGAAAAUAUUAGAAAUACAAAUUAUCUUUUCUGGUUAAAUGGAUGUUCUAUAUUUAUUAGUAAAAUUAAUAAUUUCAAAUCACCCAAAUAUUAUACACCUGAUAAUAAUAAAAAAAAAAAAAAUAAUAAUAAUAAUAAUAAUAAUAAUAAUAAUUUCUUUUUUAAUAAUAAUAUGAAUCAAGAUGAAAAUAUUUUCUCGUCAUCUUCAAAUUCUUUUAGUGAUUCUGAUCAAGAUGUAGAACAUAUCUUUUCGUUAAGUGAUGAUGAUUAUUUAUAUGAAAUGAAUAAUUCAAAUAUAUUAAAUAAUACACAUAAUAAUGAUCAUACUAUAAAUAUUAAUAAUAGUAAUCCUAUAGACAACACUCAUAUUAAAAAACAAAAAUUACCAAGAAAUAAACUAUAUACAAAUAAUAAUUAUUCACACAAAAAUAAAGAUAAUGUAAGUAACACGACAUCUAUUCAAUCCAGAAAUAAAUAUAAUAAAAUAAAUUCAGAAUUUUAUCUAGACAACAAUUAUAUUAUUAUUAAUUUUUUAGAUUUACACAUUUUUACAACGGAUAAUAUUACUGCUUUCUCAUUUACAAAAUCAUUCUACGAUUCGGUUUAUUCAACAAAUAGCAACUUAACAUAUAAUUUUAAAGAUCAAGAAAAUGAACAUAAUGAGCAAAAUUUAAACAUAAAUAGUACUAAUAUUACAAAUAGUACAAAUAGUACAAAUAUUAAAAAUAAUAGUAAUAAUAAUAGUAGUAAUAAUAAUAAUAUAUCUACCAUGGUCGAUAUGUGCAUUAAUCAAUCUUAUAUUUUCCUUUUAUUAGAAGAAAAAUUAAUCAUCAUAAGCAAUGUAAAAUUUAAAAAAGUCUAUGAACAAAAACUCGAUACAGAAACGUACGGUCAAGCACUAAGAAUUAUCAAAGAUCAUUCAGAUAAUCAAGUUUGGUUAUGUACAUCAAAAUAUAUUUUUAAAAUUAUACAAAAUAAAAAAAAUAAUCAUAUCAUGUAUUUUAAUUUAAAAAAAAAAAUUAAUUCUAAACAAAUUGCACAAUCAAACUCUUAUACGCAAAAAAUUAAAAUGACCAAUUUUAUUUUAAAAAAUAAUAAAUAUGAUAUACAUCAAUAUAAAUAUACAAAUAUACGUAUUGACGAAAAAUUAAUAUCCUUCUUACAUAAACAACAAUAUUUUAAUAUAUCCUCAUUUCUUUAUAAUAAUAUACAUUGUUAUAAUAAUGUAAUCAGAAUAGCUCUUUAUAUUUGGCUCAUUCAACUCUAUAUUUAUUCAAUUGAUUUAUACGCUUAUUUGUAUAAAUCUACUUCAUAUUAUUUUCAUACAAAACGAAAAAAUUAUAUUUUUAAUAAAAAUUAUAUGAUACAAGACACACAUAAAAAGCAAAAUCUUAGUGAUCUCUCUUCAGACACAUCAACAGGAACUUAUGUAAAUCGUGAUUUUUUAGACAAACAUAAUGAACAUAAUGAACAUAAUGGGAUAAGACAAAAUUAUUCCUGUUCAGGUGAUUGUGUUUCCGGGUCAGGCAAUUCUUUAACAGGGUCAGGUGAUUGUGCUUCCGGGUCAGGCAAUUCUUUAACAGGAUCAGGUGAUUGCGUUUCCGGGUCAGGCAAUUCCUAUUCCAAAUCAUGCGAUAACUACUCAUGGUCAGGUGAUUUUCACUCCGAGUCACAUAAUUCAAAUUAUGAAUCAUCCGAUAAAGAUAAGGUCUCCAUAUCAGAAAAAAGGGGUGGUGAGCAUAUGACAAAUAAUGGUAACAGAAAUACAAAUAAUAUAGACGAAAUAAAAAAAAAGUUGGAUGUUACAAAAAAUGAUGAAGAAGGUCAUGAAAUAUCUAGCGUUUUAUUAACAAAUAUACGUGGUGAUGAUAAAAAGGAAGAAGGAGAAAUAUUAGACCCUCACAAGGACAAAAUAGGGAAUGAUAAUAAAGGAGGCAAUAGAACAACAGCAGAAGAUAAUUUUAUGAACAAGAAAAAAAAUAAGUUUUAUUUUAAAAAUAAGAAUGAUAAUUUGUUAAAAAAGAAUAAGACGUUGUUCUUGCGCUUUUUUGAUCAAAUUAUAAAUAAAGAAGAAAGGAAAGAGGUUAAAUAUCAUUUCGAUUUUGGUAAGGGGAAAAAAAUAAAUCUUAAAGCGUUAAGUGAAUGUGAUGAUUUUUAUAUUUUAUUAAAAAUAUAUAGAAUGAAAAAUACUGAGAUAUAUAAUUUUUUAAAAAGUCAAAAGAAUUUAAUAAUGAAUGAUAUAGAGACAUAUAAAGAGAUAUAUAUAAAUAAUGAUGUAGAUAUAAAUAAUUAUGGAAAUGAUACAAUGAUGAAUAAUAAUAUUUAUAUAAAGAUGAAAAAGAAAAUAUAUAAAGAUAUUUAUUCAUAUAAAUGUCUAGAAGUAUGUAUAUAUAUAAUCAUAUUAUUAAAACAUUUUAAAAACUUUUUUCAAUUAAAUGAUAUAAUAAUUGAAAUUUUUUAUAAUUUUAAUAAAAUGAAUUUUUUAUUAUUUUAUAAAUUUUUAUGUAAUGAUUAUAAUUAUAUAAUAAAUUAUUAUAUGAAUAAUAAUAAAUAUAAUUUACUCUUUAAUAUAAUCGUUUUAUUACCUCAAAAUAUAUUAUUGGACGUUUUAAUAGAACAUGCUUUUGCUUUAUUUUUACAUAAACCACACAAAUAUGUAGAUAUCUUAAUAUAUUAUGAUAACAUAAUUGAAGAUUAUACACAUAUAGUAAUGUGUAUGUUUAUGGUCAUCUACUUUUUUAAAAAUAAAAAUGAUCAUAAAAAUAUUGGAACCUCAAAAAAUGUGUUUAAAAGAAAUGGAAAUAUGCAAUAUGAUAUAAAUGAACAAGAUAAUACAAAUGAACAAGAUAAUAUAAAUAAACAAGAUAAUAUAAAUAAACAAGAUAAUAUAAAUAAACAAGAUAAUACAAAUAAACAAGAUAAUACAAAUGAACAAGAUAAUACAAAUGAACAAAAUAGUGUAAAUGAAAAAGACAUUAUAAAUUCACAGGAUAAUUUAACUUCACGAGAAAAUAUAUAUCUAUAUAACAAACCAAUAAAUUUCAAAUAUCAAAAUAAACAUACAGAAGAAUGCAUAAGGUUUCUAGAAUAUUUGACCAACAAACUAAUAGAAGAAAAUAUCCUAGAGAAAAAAGAAAAUAACGAAAAGGAGAAUUACAUCUAUACGUUUCAAUGUACAUGGGAAAAACAUUAUAUAAUAAAUUGCUUACUAAUAUUAUAUAUUGAAGAAGGAAACAACGAGAAAAUUAAAAAUUCUUUAAAGAAAUUAAAAAGCGCCAAUAUACAUUUUGAUUAUUUAUUUAUUAUAAGAUUUUUAAAAGAAAAAAGGAAAGAAAUGUUUAUACCGCAUAUUUAUAUUCUAAUGAAAUAUUUUGAAGAAGCUGUUGAUAAAUCACUUGAAUUAAAUGAUUACAAAACAGCGAAAAAAGCUGUGAUUUUAUGUGAUGAUGAAGAAGAAAAAAAAAAAUUAUUUAUUAAAAUAAUCAAACAUAUAUCCAAAAAUAUAAAUGAUCAUAAUUUAAAAGAAAUUAUUAAUUUAGUUAGAGAUUCAAAUUCAAUUCUAAAUCUACAUGAUAUCUUACCUUAUAUUAAUGAAACGAUUAUUAUUGAAUAUUUAAAAAAAGAUAUCUGUAAUUUGUUAGAAAUAUAUAAUUUAAAAAUUAAGGCAAAAAAAGAAGAAAUUAAAGAAAAUCUACAUACUAUAGAUUUAUUAAAUAAAGAUAUAAAAAAUAUUCAAAAAAAAUAUGUUAUAUUAAAUAAAAAUGAUAUAUGCUAUAUAUGUAGAAAAACAAUUUUUUAUAAAAAAUGUUAUGUCUUUUCUUGUAAUCAUUAUUUUCAUAGUGAAUGUGCUCUUAAUAUAUAUAUAAAUAAUAAAUCAAAGGAGGAACUUUUCGACUUUUACACAAUACUUCAACAAUAUAAAAAUUCAAUAAUUACCAAAAAUGAUAAAGAAAUAAUGAUUUGUGAAAAUAAAAUUGAUGAUAUAUUAACAGAGGAAUGUUAUAUAUGUGGUUCCUUCUCUCUUGCAUCAAUAUCUCAGCCUUUUAUAUCACCCAACGAGUAUGAACUCCGAGAUACAUGGAAUAUUUCAAAUGACUGA